CGGGACGCGGAGACCCCGCGGGCGGCGGGAGGGGCGCGAGGCGCGCGUUUCACCCGAGCCCGGCCCGCGCCCCGAUGCGGAGCGAUGCCGCUUGGCCUGGACGUCCCCCGCGAGCACGGCGCCGAAGACGAAGCCCGCGCGUGACCCCGCUCCCGGUGACCUCAAAGCAGCAGCUCUGAAUCUGCCUCUCAUUUGACAACUGACCGCUGCUGCCGCCGCCAGCCUCUGUCCCCUGUCCAGGCCUGUCACGGGGCUGCCUCUCAGCAGGGGCAGUAGAAUGAAAGAGGGCAUGUCCAAUAACAGCACCACUAGCAUCUCCCAAGCCAGGAAAGCUGUGGAGCAGCUAAAGAUGGAAGCCUGUAUGGACAGGGUCAAGGUCUCCCAGGCAGCUGCGGACCUCCUGGCGUACUGUGAAGCUCACGUGCGAGAGGACCCUCUCAUCAUCCCAGUGCCUGCGUCAGAAAACCCCUUUCGCGAGAAGAAGUUCUUUUGUACCAUUCUCUAACCCUGUUGGUGACGAAAAUGCCUCCUUUUCUGACCGUCAAAGUCCCCUGUAGAGACCAUGCAUGCUCUAAGCCUUAGGGAGCGAGACCCACACCCAUCCCUACCCCGCCGAGGGUGGCCGGGGCUUGUCUUGUGUUUUCAUCUGUUUUCUUUGUGGCAUUCGAUUUCUUUUUUUUUUUUUUUUUUCAUUUUCAUGUUAUUUUCGUUCUUGGGAAAGAAAAUUAACACUUUUAUAGCCAAAUAACAAAUGUGCCAUGUAAAAAUAAGUCUGGACUUAAGAGUUUAAAAUUUUUAAACAUCAAUUCCCAAGUUUAUAUCACAUUAAUACAUUUCAGUGGAUAACUUAUUUUUAAAAAAAAAAACUGUGCCUAAAUAUCCCUUACUUACCAUAUUCAUUAUCAAAUUAGAGCAUUUUGACCAACUGAAAUAUAUAAAGUUUUUAUCUCCUUUCCUGGAGAAAGCAGCUGUGGAAGUUCUCAAUUAUCAUUCUAGUAAAAGGACAACUCACAGGUUUGGAAUGCUUUGCUUUUCUUGUCUUUCUUUCUUUCUUUUUUUUUUUUUUUUUGAGACAGAAUUUUACUCUUGUUGCCCAGGCUGGAGUGCAAUGGUGCAAUCUCGGCUCACUGCAACCUCUGCCUCCUGGGUUCAAGCGAUUCUCCUGCCUCAGCCUCC